AAACAGAUACUCGUUUAUUUUAUUGAUAAUUUCAAGUCAUACUUUUAUCAGAGAAGAAAGCUCUCUUAUACUCUCUCUCUCUCUCUCUCUCUCUCAUUAUCUAACCAAAACCCACGCUUGAGCAGCUGCUUCCCGUUUCCAAAAUUGAAGAAGUUGUUAAUUUCCUACAAUGGAAAUCUUGAGUUUGCUUUUUGGAGUCAUAGGCAACGUGAUCUCAGUGCUCAUGUUUCUUUCUCCAGCUGGAACAUUUUGGAGAAUAGUAAAGCACGGAUCUACAGAGGAGUUUGAGAGUCUUCCUUAUGUGUGCACGUUACUGAAUGCAGCUUUGUGGACCUACUAUGGGAUCAUCAAGCCAGGAGCUUUCUUAGUUGCCACAGUUAAUGGUUUUGGGAUCCUGGUGGAAAUCGUCUAUGUAACUCUAUUUCUUAUAUAUGCACCACUCAAAAUGAGGGCUAAAACAUGGAUUCUUCUUGGGUUGUUGGAUGUGGGUUUCCCAGCAGCAGCCAUUCUGGUUACGCGGCUAGCAUUGCAGGGUCAAGUACGGAUUGAUGCAACAGGGUUCAUGUGUGCUGGACUCAAUAUCGUUAUGUAUGGUUCGCCUCUCGCUGCCAUGAAAACAGUGGUCACUACCAAGAGUGUGGAGUUCAUGCCCUUCCUCCUCUCUUUCUUCCUUUUUUUGAACGGUGGCGUUUGGACUUUAUAUGCAUUUCUCACAACUGAUUAUUUUCUUGGGGUUCCAAAUGGGGCUGGAUUUUUACUUGGAGCAGCACAGCUAGUGCUCUAUGCGAUUUACAGAAACGCCAAGCCUUCCAGGAACGUUUCUGAUGGGCUUGAAGAAGGAUGGCAAUACCAAAACCUUAUCUCAUCUCCAUCAUCGGAAUAAUCGCAUGAAGUUAAAGAAUGAGAGUCCGCAGCAGCACCAAGGAAGAAGAAGAAGAAGAAGUAAAAUAUCAAAUUAAUCUUUCAUUUGUUUUGCGCAGCAAGGUUUUUUUGGUUUUUUCCAUGAGUAAGGGCCAGGGAGUUGAUAUUGGAGUGAGAAUAAGUUAGUAUUUGCCUUUCUAUGCUAUCUACUAAUUACAGUUAAACAAAAUAUUUGUGCUUGUUAAUAGCUAGGGAGACUUUAAAAAGCUUGCCUUGUGUGUUCACCAUUAAUGUAUAUAUAAUUUAUGUAUGGAUGGUGAUUAUCAUGUACACAUAUUUUCUAUAUACGCGGUUUCAUAUGACAUUUUU